GUUUUGACGUGGAUUUUGUUUGUUGUUCGAUUUGGUCGCGGCACUUAUUUCGAAGCAGGAAUUGACCAGUAAUUUUGUUCCGUCCAAAAAGUUCUUUGCUGCUUCAGCCGCAGCCAACCUGUAGUUCGUGAAAGAAGUACCGAUAACGAUCCGAAAUGUCGCCUACGGGGAAAUAUUCAAUCCUUCUGCCCACCUACAACGAGCGCGAGAAUUUGCCCAUCAUAAUCUGGUUGAUCGUGAAAUACAUGAACGAGGCUAAAAUCAACUACGAGGUAAUUGUCAUCGACGAUGGAAGCCCGGACGGCACGCUUGAAGUGGCCAAACAGCUGCAAAAGAUCUAUGGCGAAGAUCGCAUACUGCUGCGACCGCGAGCCGCCAAAUUGGGGCUCGGUACAGCCUACAUACACGGAAUAGAGCAUGCGACCGGCGAUUACAUCAUUAUCAUGGACGCGGAUCUAAGCCACCACCCGAAAUUCAUUCCACAGUUCAUCGAACUGCAGCAACAAGGAAAGUACGACAUCGUAUCCGGUACGCGGUAUAAGGGCGACGGCGGUGUGUACGGGUGGGACUUUAAGCGCAAGUUGAUUUCCCGAGGAGCCAACUUUCUGUCCCAGCUCCUGUUGCGACCAAACGCGUCCGAUCUGACGGGCUCAUUCCGGCUCUAUCGCAAGGAAGUGUUGAAAGAGCUGAUAUCCCGGUGUACGUCGAAGGGCUAUGUCUUCCAGAUGGAGAUGAUCGUUCGGGCGCGCCAACUCCGUUACACUAUCGGCGAAGUGCCGAUAUCGUUCGUCGAUCGUGUGUACGGGCAGUCGAAGUUAGGCGGAUCGGAGAUUGUGCAGUUUGCUAAAAAUUUACUGUAUCUUUUCGCCACAACCUAGGAAAAGAUGGAGCACUUUGGUUCCCCUUGUCAUCUUUGUACGAAUCACAUAUAAAUACGAUGCAUUUGGUAGCA